AAAGAAGGCGGAGAUAAAGCUGCCCAAUAAUCUGAGAAGGGAGCAAGUUCUAUUUACUCACAUCGUUCAUUGCCGCCCACCUGGUCAGGGUUAAUCAGUAAUUUAGGUGCGAAUAAGGAGCGGGGCCACGGGUAUCGUUCGCCUAACGGAGCAGGAGCGAAAUUAGUGUAUUUUUGGCUCCGGGAAUUGGCUUUGGAGCGGAGGUGUAUUUCACUUCGUCUAUAAACCAAUCAGAGUACAAAGAAGGCAACUUCAGAAAGGUUUCUCUGUUGUGCAAGGAAAAAAAAUGUCCUCGACUGAUGAUUAUUAUUUUCAGUACAAAGGUUGUAACUUUCUUUCAUCGAUCUACAAAAAAGAACACUUGGAGCAACUGAGACAUUUUGAAAUAAAGGAUUCUGAUGUCUUCAUUGUGACGUACCCCAAAUCUGGUACCAUUUGGAUGCAACAGAUAAUAAGCUUAAUUUAUGCUGAUGGUGAUGUAUCUGCAAUCCAGUAUAAACCCGCAAUAGAUCGUGUUCCUUGGAUUGAGGUGCCAAACUCAAAAUUUCCAGAACGCCCAUCACCUCGACUGAAUAGCACACAUUUGCCCUACCAUCUCGUUCCUGACGGUUUGAAGGAAAAGAAGGGAAAAGUUAUUUAUGUUGCACGGAAUCCUAAGGACACCCUGGUCUCUUCAUAUUAUUUCCAUAACUAUUUUGCCCUGUAUGAAGCACCAAAGGAUUUCACGGACUUCUUCGAAAAAUUCCUUGAUGGUAGAGUGAUAUUCAGCUGUUGGUUUGACCACAUCAAGGACUGGUACGUUCACAAGGAUGAAUUCAACUUUUUGCUGAUAACCUACGAGGAGCUGAAGAAGGAUUUACGAGCAACAGUACAAAAAAUAUGCAACUUUGUUGGAAGACAGUUGGAUGAUGAACAAUUGGAGAAUGUGAUAAAGUACAGCUCGUUCAAUCUGAUGAAAACAAAUCCAAUGGCUAACUAUGAAGGAAUCCCCAAAAAAGAGAUGGGUACAUUUCUUCGUAAAGGGGUAAUUGGUGACUGGAAAAAUCAUUUCACAGUUGCUCAGUCUGAGAUGUUUGACAACAUUUUCCAAGAAAGAAUGAAGGAUUUGCCAUUGGAGUUCAUCUGGGAUGAAAAAUAACUUUUUUUUUAAAAAAGGGGAUAAGAAGAAGUAAAAAGCAAUAACUAGUAGAUGGUGAUAUUUUAGAAAUAAUAAAAGAUAUUUUCAGUCCAUACUUCUUAUCAUCAUCAUUAUGUGCCAUGAUGUAUGGCAUGGGUGAUUGUGGUCUUCCAUCUGCCUUUAACCUGAGAAGUUCUAAUAAGCUCUUCCAAACUUCUGCCUGUCCAUCUCUUGAGGUAACUCAUCAAUAUCAUACACUGUUGAUUAUGACUUUGUCUUGUGUCAGUUUUUCCCGUCACUGCAAGAUGUUUGAGCUUCUCCUUCCUCAGUACGUGUCCCAGACAUUCCGGUUGCUGUUUCCUGAUUGAUGAUAUCGGCUCCCACCUUAUUCAGGCCUUUCACAACACAUCCUCACACUCUGUCCUUCCACGAUAUCGCCAUCAUUCUUCUCAAAAUCCACAUUUCCGCAGCUUCAAGUCUUCCCUCACUUUGCUCUGAUAUUGUCCAACAUCCACUUCCAUAUGUUAGUGUGGAAUGAACGUAGCACCACAACACUCUGAGUUUCGUACCCACAGAACUUAUGUGAUUCUUCAGUAUCUUGUUCAAACACUCAAAAUAUGCAUUUAGCAAUCCCAGUCCUUAUUUAUACAUUAAACUGUUCAUUGUGAAUUUAUGGAUACCGGACUAGUGAAUAUCAAUAUCACUCAAAGUGUUCCCAACUGUUUUUUUGCCAUGGAUCCCUACCAUUAACCAUGGAAUGGACUCUAGAUUGGGAGCCUCUGUUCUAGAAUAUGGUUGUGGGUGUAUCUGUUCAGUUAAGUACUGAUCAUUCAUUUAAGUGGUGAAUAUAUCAUUGCUGCUGCUUCUUAAGCCCACUACCCCUACAGGAAGCUAGUCGCCGACAGAAGCUUGUUGGAGUACUCUGUCCUGGUCCUGGACCGUUGGAAGGUUGAUCAGUGCUGUGGCUUCUGCUUUCAGCACUCAACUUUGUGGCCAAAGACCUUUCCUCUCCCAGGGCUGAAGUCCUUGGAGCUUCUGUCGGCGAUUAUGGGAUGGGGUUACUAGCCCCAUGCCCAACCCUCCUCCUCUCACAGCCGGGCUUGCGAUUGUCCAUAACAGAGUUCUGUACCGUGGAACUAAACGUUUAUUUGACAAUGAUUGAGGGGAAUUUGAGGGUGAGAGCGAGAGAAGGGUAAAUGAACCACUUGUCAGAAAGUAUCUAUUGCCCAGGCACACUACUGAGUAAAGAAAUCAAUAGAUGCUGGUGGCUCCUGGCUCUGUGUACUGAAGAAGUGGUGUUUAAGCACUUGAAUGUUGGAUGUAAUUAUCUAACUAGAACUUAAUUGAUGCAAUUGUUAACUUUACAUGGGUUGGCUGAAGUGAGGCUGUUGAGGCCUGGGCGAUUUCACCCUCGAGGUUCGGGAUGUUGGUGAACCCAACCUUGGGAUGGGACAGAGUAAACAAAAUCAAUUAAAUUACCGAGUACACACUGAACAUGUGUUUAUUUUCAUAUGACAUUUGCUGCCUCUGCUGACUUCUUCAGGUUGCUUAUUGACUGCAUUUUUACAUUUGGGAAGAAUAUACUUUCUUUUGUACCAAAACAUACAACAAAUGUGAUAGAUAAUGUGAUCAAUUGCAGAAAGAUGUAUUUAGAUUUACAGACCACACUACUUAUGCUAAUAAUCAAGACUCUGAUUUUACAUAUAAGUAUUUCCAUAAUUUUUGUAGGAAACAGUCAUACAUUAUUUUAUAGUGGUUGGGCAUUUUUGUAUUCACCCUGAUUCAAUUAAAAUGUAUUCGUUUAUGGCAUGUUUAAAUUGAAUUGUAUUCUGAUGUUAACAUAUGGUCUUGUCUUUAUUGAAACUGAUUAAAAUUAGAUGUUGUACUUGAUAUACUGAUGCUAGGAAAUAAAUUUGAUUAAUCAUU